AUGGAUACUCCAAUGGCAAUUAAUUUAAAGCUUUCAAGUAAUGAUGGAGCACCAAGAGCUUAUGCUUCUAUGUAUAGAAGUAUUGUUGGCUCACUUAUUUAUUUAUCUAAUACAAGGCCAGACAUAGUUCAUGCAGUUAGUGUUGUAUCUCGAUUCAUGAAUGAUCCAAAUAAUCAUCAUUUUGCUGCUGUUAAAAGAAUACUAAGAUAUGUGCAAGGAACCAAAGGAUAUGACAUCAAAUACACACAAGAGAAAGAAAGCAUUUUAGUUGGGUUCACAGACAAUGAUUGGGCUGCUGCAAUUGAUGAUAGAAGAAGCACAUAUGGGCAUGUGUUUUUCUUGGGAAGUAGAGUUAUAUCAUGGUCAUUGAAGAAGCAAAGUAUAGUGGCAUUAUCAACAGCCGAAGCAGAAUAUAUUUCAGCUACAAGUACAACAAGUGAAGCAGUUUGGGAUUAG